CAGUCACGUACUCCUAUGGAGCAUGAAGCCGGAAGUAUUUGAAUUUGAAAUACACUAUUGGGGCUGAAAGGCACCGGGCGAAAAAAAUUGCUACUGUUCAUGGUGGAAUUGACCGUAACGAGCAAAGGAUCAUGGUCGACGUAGUCGUUUUCAUCCUGCCUGAGCGAAUCUACCAUAGCAAACGACGCAUUCUUUAUCAGAACGGUCUACCAACCACGAAUGUACCCUCCGAAGUGGGAAAAGCAUAGCGAAACAGGCAGACGCAGGUCUGUACAUAUGUUGCACGGUGGGCUAGAUAAUCAUGUUGCCUUUACACAUUGUUACGUAUCUUGGCAUUAAAACACACCGGUAGGUAGCUCUUUAAACAGGUUUUGUACUUUCUUCACUGUCAGUGGCACCACCAGUCUUUGUAAUAAGUAGUAUUUUGUGUUUAGUGAAGUUAAAUUGGUCAGCCAGACACUACAUUGCCAAAAGUAUAUGUGGACACCUGCUUGUCAAACAUCGGCGUUCCAAUUCAUCCCAAAGGUGUUCGAUGGGGUUGAGGUCAAGGCUCUGUGCAGGUCAGUCAAGUUCUUCCACACCAAUCUUGACAAACCAUUUCUGUAUGGACCUUGCUUUGUUCACGUCUCAUGCUGAAGCAGGAAAGGGCCUUCCCUGAACUGUUGUCAAAGUUGGAAGCACAGAAUCAUCUGGAAUGUCAUUGUAUGCUGUAGCGUUAAGAAUUCCCUUCACUGGAUCGAAGAGGCCGAGCCCGAACCAUGAAAAACAGCCCCAGACCAUUAUUCCUCCUCCACCAAACUUUACAGUGGCACUAUGCAUUCCGGCAGGUAGCGUUCUCCUGGCAUCCGCCAAAGCCAAAUUCGUCUGUCGGACUGCCAGAUGGUGAAGCGUGAUUCAUCACUCCAGAGAACGCGUUUCCACUGCUCCAGAGUCCAAUAGCGGCGAGCUUUACUCCAGCUCACAUUUGGCAUUGCGCAUGGGGAUCUUAGGCUUGUGACCGACUGCUCGGCCAUGGAAACCCAUUUCAUGAAGCUCCCAACCGAACAGUUAUUUUGUUGACGUUGCUUCCAGAGGCAGUUUGGAACUCUGUAGUGAGUGUUGCAAUCGAGGACAGACUAUUUUUAUGCUCUUAACCACUCAGCGAUUCCAUUCUGUGAGUUUGUGUGGUCUACCACUUCGCGGCUGAGCCGUUGUUGCGCCGUUAUUGAGCCGUUGUCUCCACCACAAUAACAGCACUUACAGUUGACCCUUGUUGGAACAGUGGCUUCCUAUGACGGUGCCACAUUGUCACUAAGCUCUUCAGUAAGGCCAUUGUUUGUUUAUGGAGAUUGCAUGGCUGUGUGCUCUUUAAUUUGAUUUGUAUACACCUGUCGGUAAGAGCUGUUGCUGAAAUAGUCAACUCCACUAAUUUGAAGGGUUGUCCAUAUACUUUAGGCAAUGUAGUGUUCUUACCAACUUGGGAAUUCAGGGGAAAUUGUAAAAAAGAUAAUAAUAAGUCAGAUGCCACAUGAUAGAAUUGUCAGGACAAACCAGUUAAAUCCAAUGUUAUCAUAUGUUAAUAGACAUUUGGCUGAUGUGUAAAAAAUACAUAGUGAGCUGAACUAAGCCUCCCAAUGAUCAGCUGUUGACCCUAUCAUAGAGGGUGGAAACUACACUUUUUUUAUCUUCAUAAUUAGACUUGCUACUUUUUCGUCCUAGUUAAGGUGGCAAUAUUGCAUCCCGUGAAUCCACAAUCAUAAGGGUGAAUCAGAGACAGAAGAGGAAGCAUUUUUUUUCUUUUCCCCCCCCUGGUUCAAUUAGGUUUUUCAAUUAUUAGCAGCACAAGAGUGGAUAAUUGUGAAUUAAAGUUAAGCAACUUUUAAAAUAAAAACAAUACUUUUUCAGUUUAGUUGAACAUCUUGUUCAUGUCAGUAUGCGAUCACUUUAUUGAAAUCCUCCAUUAAUCUUCUUUGUGGGUUGAUACUGUACAGGUGGGUGCCUUCUCCCUCGUUGGUUCAAAUGUUUUCAAUGAAAGUCAAUUAACUAAGACCAUACCCAGCUAUAUUGGUGUCUAUGAGAGACCCACCCAUUGUGACCUCUUUCCAGUACAAGACAUCCUUAAGUCAUGCACAGAUGCAGUAAGACAUCUGUAGCCUAGAUUUACGUUAAUACUUCUAAACAUAAUGUUUUGGGUUCUCAUACUUACAAUGAUGUUUUGAUUGUUGCUUGACCAGUCGCUAAGAUUAUAUUUGGUUGUGAUCUUUGCUAAAUAACUAUUUUGGAUACAGCAGUUGCUUACACUCGUUGAGUCUGUAGCAAAAGCUAACCAAAUAACCAUUUUACUGGUUGAAGUGUUUGUAAUGCAGUUGGUUUGCGAUAGUGACAAACAUUAUUUUAAGCUUUCAUACGAGCCUAAAUAAAAUUACAUAAAAUUACAAUCCAAAAGUAGUAUGAAAUGCACUCAUAUGCAACAUGUAAAUAGCGGCUAUUUUUGCUUGUGUUGUGUAAUAAAUCGUUCGUGUUCUGCCACCAACUUGCGCGCAUCGCCCUCGUGCGGAAAUGUUUGGCAACACAGAAAGGGCGUCUUUAAUACCACCCGGUUAAGGCCUGCGUGAACUGUCGUCAGUUUUCAAAUUGAGGCGCAACAUCGCGGGAACGCUGGCGAAAAGACCAGGCCGGGGUUUGAGUAGUAAAUGACGGAACGUUCUUCAUUACAAGUUAAUUUACUCAUUCUAAAGACCCAGUCCAAAUUCAAGCAAAUGUCAUAAGUAGUUGUACAUGUUUUUUUAUCCAAUCUCGUGAAAGUGACAAACUGACACGUUUUGUCGAAAACAACUUUAUAUCAAAGGAGUGCAUUUGAUUUGAGACCCUGCACAUGCGCAGUUUAGCACGAGACGACGGAUAAUAUUAAGUGUUUCUGAACAUGAGUUUUAGCUAGCCAUGACAUCACAGGUGCGAUCGGGGAUUUCUAUUGGAGACAGAAAUUGCUUCAAUCUUUGGAGACAGAAAUUGCUUCAAUCUUCAUACUGUUCUUUCUUUGAUAUUGUCAUUUAUCCACGGCCAUACGUCCCAACGAUUCCGAAUAGCACUAGCCAUUUAUUCACCAUCUUGGUGAAGUUUUAAUAUUUUGACAAAGGUGAAAGAGAUUGACCCGGAACAACAUAGCUAAGUAGCCGGAAAGAGGUUUACAGAAAUAGUAGUUUGCAAAAAAGAGGGAUGUAUCCAGCUAGAUUGGACCUGAAUAGCUAACGUUGUAAAACUAUUAAUCUACGUUUAGGUAAGAAGUAUCCCUAUGCAAGGUCUUUGGUGCGUGUAAUGCUUAGCAUUACUUAACCUUUUAAUUUACAAAAUUCGGAAAUAAGCAGGUUCCCUCAUUCCAGCUAGCUAACGUAAUGCAGCUAGCCAGUAAAGCUAACUAACGUUUUUGUUUUUCUUCACCUGAUAAACUAACGAGUUGACAUUUGUUAAGUUGACUUUUCUGACUAAGUGUUCUAUUGUAAGAGUUUAUGUUCUGUAGAAUGACAGGCCAAGAAUAAGUUUUUCCUGUCCGCAUUGGCUGGCUAGCUUGUGAGCUAGCUAGCAUAAUACCUCCCACCGAUACGGGUUCUACGGGAAAUGGUACGUUUUGCUAGCUUUUGUAUUGUACUAUUUACCAACUAGCAAGGUAUAUACCACUUAAGUUAGUUUAAGUGAUAAGGUAACAGUUACUUAUCCAAGUUGCUAGCUUUGUACACUAACGGUAACUAAAUAUCUGCACAGCUAGCUAGUUACAUUCCUUGAAUUCUUACCGUUGCCCGUUUAAAGUAAUAGAUAACUAGCUAGAUAACUUUAGAACAGUAGCUUUUCUACUCAAUACAACAACAAAAGCAGUCUUGCAUCUAACGUUAGCUAAGAACUAAUUUCGCCGUAAACAUGAAUCAAACUAGGCUUAAGUAAAUUAUUUGGAAGUAGACGUUUACUGGUAGUGUUUUCCAAACUGGCAAAGGUGAUUUUAAGUAGAUAAUGUUAUGUAGUUAAUUAUCAUUACUCAACCCUGAAACCGCAGGUCGUCGUUCUCAUGUGCCCAUGGAGAAGGCGGUCUUUGAGGGGUGGCUGGAGUCAGUCUCCGCCUCUUUCCUCUCGCUUAGUGACCAGCAGCGCAACCAGUCCCUGGACCAGCUCAUCUCGCUGAGUAAUGCUGUCCAGCUCCGGCACCUGUCCAAUGGGCUGGAGGCGCUGCUUAAGAGGGAUUUCCUGCGCCUGUUGCCCCUGGAGCUCACUUUCUACCUGUUGCGGUGGCUGGACCCGCAGACCCUGCUUACCUGCUGCCUGGUGUGCAAGCAGUGGAACAAGGUGAUCAGUGCGUGCACGGAGGUGUGGCAGGGCGUCUGUCGGGACUUGGGCUGGCGCAUCGACGACUCCAUCCAGGAUGCGUCCCACUGGAAGGGUGUCUACCUCAAGGCCAAGCUGCGCAUGAUGCAGCUGAAGAACCAGGAGGCGUUUGAGACGUCGUCGCUCAUCGGGCACAGUGCGCGCGUCUACGCCCUCUACUACAAGGACGGCCUUCUUUGCACAGGCUCUGAUGACCUUUCUGCCAAACUGUGGGACGUACGCACCGGGCAGUGCAUCUACGGCAUUCAGACGCACACCUGCGCCACGGUGAAGUUUGAUGAGCAGAAGCUGGUGACUGGUUCCUUUGACAACACCAUUGCCUGUUGGGAGUGGAGCACGGGGGCAAAGAUCCAGCAGUUCCGUGGGCACACGGGUGCAGUGUUUAGCGUGGACUACAAUGAUGAUCUGGACACACUGGUGAGCGGCUCGGCCGACUUCUCUGUGAAGGUGUGGGCGCUGUCGGCAGGCGCCUGCCUCAACACCCUGACGGGACACACCGAGUGGGUCACCAAGGUGAUUCUCCAGAAGAGUGAAGUAGAGUCCAUGGUCCACUGUCCUGGCGACUACAUCCUGUUGAGUGCUGAUAAAUUUGAAAUAAAGGUUUGGCCUAUAGGCAGGGAAAUCAACUGCAAGUGCUUGAAGACCCUGUCCGUGUCAGAGGACCGCGGUGUGUGUCUGCAGCCUCGCCUGCAGUUUGAUGGCCGCUACAUUGUCUGUAGCUCGGAUCUGGGGGUCUACCAGUGGGACUUUGCCAGCUUUGAUAUCCUCAGGGUCAUCAAAACGCAGGACCCUGCCAACCUCUCCCUGCUCAGCUUUGGUGAGGUGUUCUCGCUCCUCUUUGACACCGACUUCCUGUAUGUCAUGGAUCUGAGGACAGAAAAAAUAACUGGCCGCUGGCCCCUGCCCGCCUACAGGAAGUCCAAACGAGGCUCCAGCUUCCUGCCGGGAGUCACCUCCUGGCUCAAUGGGCUGGAUGGGAGAAAUGACUCUGGCCUCGUGUUCGCCACCAGCAUGCCCGAUCAUAGCAUUCACUUGGUUCUGUGGAAGGAAAACACCACUAGAGGUGAAACCUACGAUGGCUAGGUUGUCAACUGCCAUGUAAACGGGGUGCUCUGACUUGAAACCCAUAGCCAAGUUAGAUAAUGCAUGGACCAAAGUGUUAAUGUUUUUCUACCUUUUCUUUCUCAACACAUGCUCUCAUAAUCAAACAUCAUGCAACGUGCUUUCAGAAAGACUAUUGGAGAUGGUUUCACCAACUGAAACGCUGCUAUGAAUACAAGGGGAUGAAAGGCCCAGUUCAGAGGGCAAAGGCAGCGGUUGGUGUUAGUUCCAACCCUGCCAUGGGUUCUCUCUUGAAGGAAAUACGACGACUGGGAGGGUGGCUGAAUGAAGACGGAACUCUCGAAAAACUGCGUGGUCAUGUCAGGCUCUACAGCUGUAGAUAUUUCCCCUGUAUUACUAUGUAUUGGGACCUUUACACUUCGGACAGGGUUCUUCAAGCAGCUCAGACGGGGAGUUGCCUUAACACAGUACUACUUUACAAUGAAAUACAUUAUGACUGUGUCCUAGGUUUUUCAUAGACUGUGACCAACCAUCCCCAUGAGUUCCAUGUUGACAUUUUCAAAGUGGUUUAGUGCAUUGGAUUUGUACAAUGUGAAGCGUUUGUUGGAUAUUCAGUGUAACUCCAUCGUUUGAUAAUGCUUUUCUUAGUGGUGCUUGUUUUAAAAGUCAACUUGAGAAAUUUAGUCGUGCCUUUUUCGUUUGAUUUAAAUAUCCAUCUGUGUGAUAAGAAUUCCAUUACGCAGGCACACUGCAAUAACAUGACUGCGUUGUACAUUUUAUUUCAUACUAUAACAAACUGCAUACAAUGUAUUUCUAAUACCACUAUUUACCCUACAUGAUUCACUAGAAUAUAUUUUGUGAAUUGCAGUAUUUGAAGUAUAGACCAAGUUCAGUUCCAGGUUAUUUUUCUAAAAGGCUUUGAGGUUGGAAGUUUUCACAAUGUAAUGAUUUGAAAGUGGACAAUUCCACUUUGUUACAGCCUGAAUUUUAAAUGGAUUCAAUUGAUAUUUUGUCACUGGCCUACAUAAUUUGACUAAUGUUAUGGGGUAUUAUGUUUACACCACAAAGACCAGGGUUUUUUCUUUUUUUAAAGACAUUGAAUAAGCAUGGUGUAGUUGACACUUUAGAUGGUGUAUCAAUACACCCAGUUACUACAAAGACACAGGCAUCCUUCCUGAUUCAGUUGCUGGAGAGGAAGGAAACCGCUCAGGGAUUUCACCAUGAGGCCAAUGGUGACGUUUAUAACGGUUACACAGUUGAUUGGCUGUGAUAGAACACUGAGGAUGGAUCACCAACAUUGUAGUUACUACACCAUACUAACCUAAUUAACAGAAGGGAAAAUAAGGAAGCCUGUACAGAAUAAAAAAUACUCUAAAACAUGCAACAUGUUUGCAACAAGGCACUAAAUGAAUACUGCAAAAAAUUGGUAAGCAAUUCACUUUCUCUCCCAAAUACAAAGUUAUGUUUGGGACAAAUCCAAUACAACACCUUACUGAGUACCACUAUCUGUAUUUUCAAGCAUAGUGGUGGUUGCAUCAUGUUAUGGGUAUGCUUGAAAUUCUAAAGGACUGGGGAGUUUUUCAGGAUAAAAAAUAAACUGAAUGGAGUUAAGAACAGGCAAAAUCCUAAGGGAAAACUUAUUCAGUCUGCUUUCCACUAGAUACUGGGAGAUUAAUUCACCUUUCAGCAACACAAUAACCUAAAACACAAGGCAAAAUAUACACUUGAGUUGCUUACCAAGAAGACACUGAAUGUUGUGGCCGAGAUACAGUUUUGACUUAAAUCUACUUGAAAUUCUAUGGGAAGACCAGAAAACAUUUGUUUAGCAAUGAUCAACAACCAAUUUGACACUGCUUGAAUAAUUUUGGAUAGAAUAAUGAGUAAAUGUUGCAUAUUCUAGUUGUGGAAAGCUCUUAGAGACUUACCCAGAAAGACUUACAGCUGUAUUCACUGCCAAAGGUGCUUCUACAAAGUAUUGCCUCAGGGGUGUGAAUACUUAUGCAAAUGAGAUUUCAGGGUUUCAUUUUCAAUAAAUGUGCAAACGAUUCCAAAAAACAUGUUCCAUGUUUUCACCUUCUGCAGUACUGUGUGUAGAUAUAUUUAAUCAAUUUUGAAUUCUGGCUGUAACAGGAAAAUAUGGAAUAAGUCAAAGGGUAUAAAUACUUUCUGAAAGCACUGCAUGUCUUAUUGUGACAUUAGGUUCAGCAGUGUACUUGGAGGAACUGAGUCACUCAUUUCAGAGUUAAUCCCAAUCCAUGCAGUUUUUAAAUGCCCAUUUCAAUACUAAACUCAGCAAAAAAAGAAAUGUCCUCUCACUGUCAACUAUGUUUAUUUUCAGCAAAGUUAACGUGUAAAUAUUUGUCUAAACAUAAGAUUCAAAAACUGAGAAAUAAAAUGAACAAUUCCACAGA